GGCCUCCGGCCGCCGCCGUCCCGGUGCGGGGUCCGGCUGGGAUGCGGCCAGGCAGCGCCCGGCGCGGGACCUAGCGCGCCCGUCCUGCUCCGGCGUCUGAAUGUAGGACAGACAAGGGACAAAAGGGAGACCAGUGGAAAAGCACCUGUGUCCUGCUAGGUGGACUAUGGUGGCAGGAAGAUGUUGGCGAGGAAGAGUAUUAUCCCUGAAGAAUAUGUGCUGGCACGGAUUGCGGCUGAGAACCUUCGCAAGCCACGCAUCCGGGACCAGCCCCGCAAAGCUCGUUUCAUCGCCAAGAGCGGGGCGUGCAAUUUGGCACACAAGAACAUCCGGGAGCAGGGGCGCUUCUUGCAAGACAUCUUCACCACCUUGGUAGACCUGAAGUGGCGCCACACGCUGGUGAUCUUUACCAUGUCCUUCCUGUGCAGCUGGUUGCUCUUUGCCAUGAUAUGGUGGCUGGUGGCUUUUGCCCAUGGUGACAUGAAUGGUAGCACAGAAAACUGUAUAGGCAGUACUGACUGGACACCAUGCGUGACAUGUGUCAGGUCUUUCACUUCUGCUUUCCUCUUCUCCAUUGAAGUUCAAGUGACCAUUGGUUUUGGAGGCAGAAUGAUGACAGAAGAAUGUCCCAUGGCCAUCACCGUCCUGAUUCUGCAAAACAUUGUGGGUUUGAUUAUCAAUGCUGUCAUGCUGGGCUGCAUAUUUAUGAAGACUGCCCAGGCUCACAGAAGAGCAGAGACCUUGAUUUUCAGCCGGCAUGCGGUGAUUGCCGUUCGGAAUGGCAGACUUUGCUUCAUGUUCAGAGUGGGAGACCUGAGGAAAAGCAUGAUCAUCAGUGCCUCUGUGAGAAUACAGGUAGUGAAGAAGACGACUACGCCAGAAGGGGAGAUCAUCCCUAUACAUCAGCUAGACAUCCCGGUGGAUAAUCCCAUUGAAAGCAACAACAUUUUCCUGGUGGCUCCAUUGAUCAUUUGCCAUGUCAUAGACAAGCGGAGUCCUCUCUAUGACAUCUCUGCUAGUGACCUUGCCAGCCAAGAUUUAGAACUUAUAGUGGUACUUGAAGGAGUAGUAGAAACCACUGGCAUCACCACGCAAGCAAGAACGUCUUACAUAGCAGAGGAGAUCCUGUGGGGCCACCGCUUUGUGCCCAUUGUGACUGAAGAGGAAGGUGUGUACGCGGUUGAUUACUCCAAGUUUGGCAACACGAUCAAGGUAGCCGCUCCGCGGUGCAGUGCUAGAGAGCUGGAUGAAAAGCCUUCCAUUCUCAUCCAGACUCUUCAGAAAAGUGAACUGUCCCAUCAAAACUCCCUGCGGAAACGCAACUCCAUGCGGAGGAACAAUUCCAUGAGGAGGAACAACUCCAUGAGGAGGAACAACUCUUCCCUCCUUGUGCCCAAAGUACAGUUUCUCACGCCUGAGGGGAACCAGAGUGUGUCCGAAACAUGAUAUAUAGCCUCCCAUGAGGAUGAGCCUCUAAUAAAGGAUGAGGCACCACAAACUUUUCUAAAGAAACAGAUGCAAAAUAGAACAGUACUGGAGCUAUUUAUUCUGUUACUUAAUGAAAGCAUCACCUAACAGCAAUAGGAAACACCAUAGCACUAGGCAUAUUCGUUAAUGAAUAUUGGCACAGGAAGCAUGCUUCACUCAUGUAAUGUAUUUUAUAUUCAUAUGUGUUUUAGUGGUAUGUUAGAUUUUUUUUCCUCUAAAGGAAAUCCAUCUGGUGCCUUUCUACAGAUUGUCAUAAAAUGCAUUUUAUUUUUUAUUUUUGGAUUACAUGCUGUCAGUGGGCUGAUGUUCAAUAGCUCUGUGCACCCCGAUUCCAGUUAUUUAUGUGGGAUGUAUUGCCACUCAUAGAGGAUCUGUCAUGACCUUUGGUAAACUGUUCCAAUGGUUAAUUGCCCCGACUGUUAAAAAUUAUGCCUUAUUUCCAUUUUGAAUUUGUCUAGCUUCAACCUCCAGCCACUGGAUCUUAUUAUAUCUUUGUCUGCUAGGCUGAAGAGCCCACUAGCAUAUAUUUAUUCCUCUUCUAGAUUAAUAUAAACUUUAAUCAAGUUACUCUUUAAUCUUCUCCUUGAUAAGCUAAAUAGACUGAGUUGCUUGAGUCUAUCACUGAGAGACAUGUUUUCUAGUCUUUUAAUCAUUCUUGUGGCUUCUCUCUGAACCAAUUUAUCAACCUCUUUCUUAAAUUGUGGGCACCAGAACUGGGAACAGCAUUCCAGCAGUAGUCACAGCAGUGCCAAAUACAGAGAUAAAAUAAGCUCUUUACUCCUACUCAAGAUUCCCUUUUUAUACAUUCAAGGAUCAUAUUUACUGUACUCUGUUAGCCACAUUUUUUGUUUUGCUUUUUUUGGGGAGGAGGGGGAAAUUAAGUAAAAAAUUCAUAAACAGUUUCCCAUUAUCUUUCAAUUUAUUCUGAUUAAAUUUUUCCUCCCAGCUAAUUUGCCUCAGAAUUGUUUUCAGCUUUGUGAAAUUGGUACUUUUAAAGUACCAAGUUUGUGUUUCACAAGUGUGUGUGUGUGUGUGUGAGAGAGAGAGAGAGAGAUUCACAAAUGCGUGUGUGUGUGUGUGAGAGAGAGAAAGGGAGAGUGUGUGAGAGAGAGAAAUAAGUAUAACUGGUUUGGACUUUAUAUAUCCUGGCUCCACAGAAGUUAUUGACAAAACAUCCAGGCUACGUCUACACUG